GCGCGUUUAGAGUUAAUGCAAAACAUCAUUUUAUUCGUGCAUGGAUCUUUACCCGAACUGAGCGGCAUUGCACCGAGUCUCUUUUUUGUUUUUGUCUUUUAUUUUUUUUAUUUUGCUAAAAUGAGUUAGAAAGCGCGCGCAAGAUCUCGAACUCGUGCUUUAAGUUCUCUCUUAAGAUGCAUGGAAUGGAACGGAUGAAAGCAAUAAGAAGAUGGAUGAUCAAUAGGGACAAGUUGAUUCUUCACUUUAUUUUACGUGUCAGUGUGACUGAAAACGCUUUGGAUGAUGACUCUGGAUGGCUUUUCUUCUGUGCACAGAGAAUAAGAGGAAAAAUUAGGAACAUAAUUCGGAUGCAGCAAGGAAAUCCACUGAUGCCGCAUCAUGUCCAGACGACAUCGUGGGAAAUAAAUGCAUGAUAUUUUUGGAUGUGAGACAAAUAACCCCAAUCUCAAUUAGAGCACAGGAAAAGGAUGCCAGUCAGCUUAUCAUCUAUCAGGCUCUGCUUUCAGGCUUGCAGCGUGUUCCUGCCUUCUAUGAUGCAGUGAUUUCUGGAAGGAAAACAAAACUGGCAGUGAUGGAUGUAAAUUUAACAGUGAUUGACAGUGGUUUGUUGGAGAGCGACCAAUCGACACGAGUCCUCACCGGUUGCUUCUUGUCUCUCCUUAUUCUUUCCACUCUGCUGGGGAACAUGCUAGUCUGUGCAGCAGUCACUAAAUUCCGCCAUCUCCGAUCCAAAGUCACCAACUUCUUCGUCAUCUCACUGGCUGUGUCAGAUCUAUUGGUCGCCAUCUUGGUCAUGCCUUGGAGGGCUGUAACGGAAAUCGUUGGCUUCUGGCCUUUUGGAUCGUUCUGUGACAUCUGGGUUGCUUUUGAUAUUAUGUGCUCGACAGCAUCCAUCCUCAACCUUUGUGUUAUCAGUGUAGACCGGUACUGGGCAAUUUCCAGCCCAUUCCGCUAUGAGAGAAAGAUGACUCCCAAAGUGGCAUUUGUGAUGAUCAGCACAGCUUGGACGCUGUCUGUGCUCGUCUCCUUCAUCCCAGUGCAGCUGAACUGGCACAAAGCACAGCCAGUAAGCAUCCUGUUGCAGAACGCUUCUCACGAGGCACCCUUAAUGGACAACUGUGACUCGAGCCUCAACCGAGCCUAUGCAAUUUCCUCUUCCCUCAUCAGCUUCUACAUCCCAGUGGCCAUCAUGAUUGUGACCUACACACAGAUUUACAGAAUAGCUCAGAAGCAGAUUAAGAGGAUCUCUGCCCUGGAAAGGGCUGCUGAGAGUGCCAAGUUCCGACACAACAGCAUGGGCAGCAGCUGCAAUAUGGAUUCAGAGAGCUCCUUUAAGAUGUCUUUUAAAAGGGAGACCAAGGUGCUAAAGACCCUGUCUGUUAUAAUGGGAGUGUUUGUGUGUUGCUGGUUGCCCUUCUUCGUCCUUAACUGCAUGGUGCCAUUUUGCGAGCAUAACCCCCCAUGCAUCAGUCCAGCCACCUUUGAUAUCUUCAUGUGGUUUGGAUGGGCAAACUCUUCUCUCAACCCCAUUAUAUAUGCAUUCAAUGAAGACUUCCGCAGAGCUUUUGCCAUUCUCUUGGGCUGUCCUAGGCUUUGCCCAGGUCACAAUGUCAUAGAGACACAUAGUAUAAACAAAAACUAA